AUGCGAGCAGCAGCCAACUUCUCAACCACGGCGCCCCAGUGCAAGCGCAAGACAAAGGACAGCAACAGGCGACGAGGCGUCAGCAGCCUGUACGGGUCGGGCCCCCGCGAGCCGCUGUCCAUGUCCAACAUGCCGCUGCCGAAGCCCGUCGACUUCAAGCCCAAGAUCGAGGUGGAUGAGAGCCACGGGCUGUGGGGGUUCUUCCCCGCCCCCGGAAAGCUGCUGCUGACGCCCAAGGAGACGGAGGAGUACGGGCGCGCGUGGACGGUCGAGGAGCUGCGGCGCAAGUCGUGGGAGGAUCUGCAUGCGCUGUGGUGGAAGUGCUGCAAGGAGCGGAACAUGCUUGCUACGGCGAGGGAGGAGCUGUUGAGGGGGAAGCUGGGGUUUGGAGAGCGGGAGAUUGAUUCACGGAAUGAGGAGGUCACCAAAACGAUGAGGGCGAUCAAACAUGCUCUUACAGAGCGAUUCUACACAUGGCAGGAUGCCGUCGACGUUGCCAAGUCUGACCCCGAGAUUAACCUGAGUGGAGGAGAGGGCCAGGUGUACAACCCAUCCACAUACGAAGAGGGGUACGACGAAGUUGAUGUUGCGGCUAUUGAAGACGAGGCGUCAAGGGUCACAGCGGAGAAGGAGCUGAAGGAGCCCGUGCGGUAAACGAGAGGGGCAGGAAAUGUACAAAAACGACAGAAAGAGAGUUGAUGGUCAUUUUGGAAAUCAAAAGCUGGGCAAGGCUAAAAGGGGGCGCGGGGGGAGGCUUGAUAUGAAUUUGAUAUGAUAUCACAGGGAAAGAGUAUGAGAUGUGAUGUAUGGUACUACCUGAACCUACCUGUAUUCCUAAAUAAGCAAUUGGCAUGUAUAUUACUACUAGAACGGUUGUAUAUCGAAUUUAUCGAAAUGAUUUUGACGUGCGCAC